AUGGAUGCGGCUCGGGCGGGUGUUGCAACAUUCACUCGACUCUCCACUACUGGAGCAGCUUCCCCACCAUCCCCACCACUUCCUUCCGUGGUUGAUUCAGCGGCUGGUUGGGCGAGAAAGGGGUCGCUGCGCUCCUCCUGGUCGAUAUCUUCGGUUAUCCUUCUUAAAGCCUGUCGCCCCGCCACCUGGAAAGCUGCGGGUUCCGGUAGGUCGCCGGUAGUGUCUGGCUCGGUGACUGUCUCGAAGAAGCCGCCACUGCCGUCCGCACCAAAACCGCCUCCCUCCGUGAUGGGGCCCCCGAGUCCGCCGGCGCCGGCUCCACCUGUCGCAGAGCCUCAUCCUCCAGCUGCGGCUGCUCCUCACGCGCGCGGUCCUGCGGGGCCUGCUCCCGUUGCCCUUGUUGCUCUUGAUGCUCCCGUUGAGUCACCAGUUCCCGUUGCCGUCGUUGAUCUUCCCCCGGGCGCCCCGAUCCUCGAUGCGCCGCUUGUCUCUGUCGCUCUGCCUGCCCCGGUUGCUGAUGUUGGUUCAUCACCGCACGCGGUGUCCGCCACCACUGGCGGCCCGGGGCCGGGGGAGGUGGGGGGGGCGUUGCGCUAUCGGCUCCCGUCCUACCGACUGCGGCGACAACGCUCUGCCGCUGCUCAUGGGAACCGGAUGCGCCUGCCGUGGGUUCCUCCUGUGGCGGGUAUGGAGUUUGUGACCGCGGCUGGAGGACCGGUGACGGCGCAAUAUCCCUCUCUACUGCCUGUUGCUCCUGCUCCUCCGGCCGUAUCGGUGCCAGUACAGUCACUGGUGGGGCCCCUUCCGUCAGCCGUAGUGCCGGAGGCGUCGCUGGGGCAGCUAUGGCGCCUCUCUGAGGGUCUGCGGACAGUGCACCUGAUUCAGGUGUAUGGUCAUGCGGCUCUCUCCCAGGGUGCUCAUCUGGACCCUGGCCCCCGGGACGAGUGCCUGGAUGCCGCGGAUCGACUGGCCGAGCUCCUGGCGCCCGUGUUGGCUGCGCCCGCGUGGGGUGGAGUUGCGGGCGUUGGACAGCUGGGGACGGCGGUCCGUGGUUUACGCCGGUUGUUGCGCGCGGGCUCUGCCGUCGACUUGAUCGGCGCAACGACAGUGGUGGUGCGCGAGCUUCAUCGUUCUCUGACGGGUCUUCUCGCUGUCCUUGAUGCGGAUCAGAUGUAG